UUGUUGGUUGCGUUGGGGGUUUGAAUUAUGCCAUUUUUACACUGAUUUGCCUUGGUGGGGAUGACUGUUCUAAUUCGUUUAUCUUUGAUUUUUGUUCCAAUUAAAAUUCAACGUUUUAAUGCCAUGCAGAGUCAAUUCCGACCAGAAAUUCAGAAAUUUAAUGAUCGAACAAAGGAGGCAAAAAGAGAGGGAGAUCACAUGCUUGGUUUGUUUUGUAAAAUUUUUUAAAUUUUUAUUUUAGUUUAUCAAAUAAUGAUGGAACAAAAGGAUUUUUUGAAACAAAAGGAUAUAAGUCCUGUUAAAUAUAUGCCGCUAAUCGCUUCAAACUCUUUGGUAUUUAUGUCACAGUUCUUUGCUAUAAGAAAUAUGGCUGUUGCUAAAUAUCCAGGUUUUCAAGAUGGAGGGAUUUAUUGGUUCACAGACCUCACUGUUGGCGAUCCUUAUUGGAUUUUACCUGCCAUCUCUGCAAUUACAGUUCACUUCGUUUUUAAGAGUGGUGUAGAUAUAGGAUCUUUGGAUGCGUCUCCAAUAAUGCGUCCAGUUCUCUUAUAUGCUUUUCCAGCUGUUGCACUUUGUGUUUAUUGGGUUACAAACAAUGUGCUUUCCAUGUUUAUAUCAUUCACACUUAAAAGGGAUUCUGUUCGGCGUUUAUUGGAUUUACCCGAAACUGUUGCGUACAAUAAAUCUGGAAAGGCAGAACUUAAACAAGCUUACCAGGAAUGGACAAACAAUGCUGCUAAUCAAUGGUCUUCACGUAAAAAUAUCAGACAAGAGGAUUAUGAACAAUUUCAAAAAGCGGGAAGGGGAAAACCAAUUCUUUUAGUAGAAAAUCGAGAAUUAGAAAAUGAAGAGAAACCAAAAUUGGCGAUUAAAAAAACAAUUUAA